CCGGCCUGGCGCGCUCCGCUUCUUAGCUGGGCCCUUGAAUGGCCCAGCCGCCCUAGGGCCGUGCCGGCGCCUUACCUGGUGGAACAGCUCGAAGAGGAGCUCCUCCGUCACCUUCGUCUCCAGGUUGCCCACAAACAGAGUGCGGUCGGCCUCGGCGGCCGCCGCCCCCAUCUCCGCGUCGCUUCCAGUCUCGGGCCUAGUCUGACUGCUCACAGCCAGCCAGCCGACCGACCGACCGACCCCACUGCGCACUCUCGGGAAGACCCGCGUCCUCUCGUUCAGACGUCACGACGUAAACGCCCUUCGCGCGCGACCGCAGGCCGGCUACGCAUGCGUGCGGGAGCAGCGCCCGUUUCCGGCGGCUGCGUUUUCCGCCGUGGCACUAAAGAUGGCAGCUUGGGGUUGGUAACGGUUGCUUCCGACGCGGGCUGGAGUGAUCUGCGGCGCUGCCGAGGGCCCAGUCUGGUCGACGUUCGCCAGGCAAACACUACGGACGGUGUUUGAAGAUGGCCCAGAACUCGGUGUCGCUGUCGGCCGGCGAUCAAGCCGACAGGGUGGCCCACCGGUCCUCCCAAGGAGAUCUCAGCCCGCCUGCAAUGGCGUGGGCGAUGGUCUCCGGAGACAGCUUCCUGGUUACUAGUGUGGAGCCGAAUCAGCCAGGAGGACCUCGGCCGCCAGCGCGACCCAGCGUUCGGACCGACAGACGUCGAAUGCCCGUUGGUGGCCGCAGCCGGAGCCGAAGCCGCCAAGGCAGAUUCUCGCCUUACCCGACCCCUGGUGUCAAGCUGGACCUCUUGAGAAGUGUGCUGCAGCAGCGUCUGGUUGCGUUGGGAAAUGCCCUCGCAGCCCGGAUCUCGACGUAGAACGAAUGCCUCCCCUCACUUAGCUUGCAAACAAGGCCUCUCUGAAACCA